AUGGUUAUCACCACUGAACGGCCCCUGUACUUCUCGAGUCGGUGGAAAGGACCCGAUCAAGAUUUGAGAUUCGAACGCGAUCCCGAAAAUUUCAGUUUGGGCUGUCCUAUUGAGCUCGGAGCUUUCACAGCUUCCUCGGAGCAGGCGAUGCAGGAUCUGCGGACGCUCAUGACGUCUCCCAGAAAUCCCAAUUUGAUAAUGUGGAGGGAGCCGCGACUGCUGUGGGACCGACGUGAUGACACUCGUAGUUGGACCACGAUGGGCGGUACUGAGGAGAAACGAGAACAGGAAUAUUACGAGAAUUCUAAUCCCGUCGAGAUGAGAAGCUGUUCCUACUCGACGUUUGAAUCAAUAUUUGAGGACGAGGAGAUGAACGCGGAGCCAAUUUCUGAGAAGAAUGCUGAGACGGCUUCGUCCACGACUAAGCUGGCUAACGCAGGUCUUCACAGAUUUCUAUCGACGCUGAGAAAUCUAGUAACCCCACGACAAGCAGCAACGGGAAAAAGAGAGAGAAAGCAAUUCUUGAGACAGUGGAUGAGGGGAGAGUUUCCGCCUAUCCUUGACUCGGGUGUCGUGCAGCAAGAUCACGGCCUCGGACCUUGGAAGAGUUUCGAAGUCACGUUGCUGCGACAAAGAAAGACUCCAUUGGAUUCUACCAUCGAAAACGGGACAGAAGACAACAAAAAUGGAACAAGUUACGAGAAGAGUGCCGAUGUGGCUAGGAGCUGCAGAUGAUGAUGCCAACAACAUGGCCCUAGUAACAACCGGCGAGUAUCACCACGCAAUCCGGGUGGAAUUGGCAAGUGAAAAAAAUUAUAGAACCAGUUGAUUUUGAAAGUGGUCUGGAUCGGACAAGCACAAUUGUAAUUGAAAGGUGGGUGUGGCUCGAAGUGGAUUUUAGGAUGGUGGAAUUUGGCGAGGCAAUCUAUCUGGUCUUAUACAGUUACUUGCUCCGCCACCGCGCAUUCAAGCCGUCGCUCGCAUCCAAUGAUUCGGAAAGGAGCAAAGAAGGAAGUGAAAAAGGCCUCUUCGAGAGUCGCUCGUGGCCCCCACCGUGAAUCAGGAACGCACACAUGACGUGACCGUGCAAGCAUGCCCCUUGAGCGUUAAAAAAUAUUGUUCGUGAUGAUGGACCGACAUCGCUCAACAGAUAUCAAACUGCACUACAUCCAUGUAUAAAAUAGAACCACAUUUGGAAAGACGCAUGACGGACAUGAAAGAUGGAUGACGGAUGGCAUUGACAUGUUGACAUAGUAUCUAUGUAAAAAGUUUGUAAAGAAUACUUGGAUUUCUUAGACACGAAAUCAUUCAAUUCAGAAUUAAAACCUAGUCGCAUACUGCGAACUCACGUUCUAUUCUUGAUGAAAACCGGACUAGAUGAACAUGCACAAGACUGCGACCUCCUCAGUUUUUGCACAUAAUAUUAACACCAGCUGCAUAAUAAUGUUGAUUGACAAGAAGAUGAACUUCUGCUCAGGAUGCAUCUACUUAAUGUGCCACCUAUGAUAAUAUUGAUCUACUUAAUGCAACAAAUUGAAAGUCUGUACUACCGAUUUUACUUUUUUCAGCAAUAUGGAUACUUAUUCCAUCUCUAUAAGUGGAAAAACAAAUGAACUCCUCCAAUCAAAUCAUCACUUGAAAUGUCUCGAAGAGGACAUGACUCGAAAUGUCUCGAAGCAAGAGGACUUGACUUGAAAUGUUUCGAAGAGGACUCGACUCGGUAUGAACUCGUCGUCGAGAUGUGGAUUCGAAUUUCACAGAUUUGAUCGAAGUUCUUUCCUCUCGUUGUGGUUC